AUGGUCAUCCACAGGCUUCUCUUGAAAGUUGUGGUGCUUGGGGUUGUAUUGGGUCCAUACCACAAUCCCUUAGCAGCAGAAGCUGCUGCUGAUGAUCCAAUCACGAAGCCCGGAUGCCGCAGCACUUGCGGAAACCUCUCGAUUCCAUACCCCUUCGGAUCGCGCGACAGUGAUCCCAGCUGCCGUAAUGGCCCUUCCUCAUUUGCCGUCGAGUGUGACAACUCUACGGACCCUCCAACGCCUUAUUUUGAUAACAAAGGUAGUAACUUGCAAAUACUCAACAUCUCUCUCGAGGAUCACGAGAUGCGAGUUCAAGCAGAUUUCAUCAGUCGAGCCUGCUAUGACUCUGCUUGGUAUGAUGCUAAUUCAAGUAACUUUCCCGUGCUCACCCUUGCUGAUUUCCCCAUAUCCAGCAACAAGAACAAGUUCAUUGCUGUCGGUUGCGAUACUUUCGCAUACUUCUUGGACAUCAAAGCGAAAUUCGUCUUUGGAUGUAAGUCGGCAUGCAAUGACAUUUCCGAGGUGACUAAUGGCUCGUGCUCGGGUAUCGGUUGCUGCGAGACGAGCGUACCUAGAAACUCAUUCGGCUACAAUAUCUCCAUUGCUAGCUUUAAAAACCAUACAGAUGUCCUGAGUUUCAACCCUUGCAGCUACGCUUUCGUCGCAGAGAUCGGUUCCUACAGCUUCAGUUCUGGUGAUCUUUCAGAACUUGAAAUUGACGAGGUGCCCCUAGUUCUUGACUGGGCAAUAGGGAAUAGAACGUGCGACGUCGCCAAGAAGAGCGCGGACUACAUGUGCAAGGGAAACACCAGUUGUACCGACGCUGAAAAUGGAUCGGGGUACAAGUGCACUUGUUUAGAAGGUUUCCAUGGCAAUCCGUAUCUCGAGAAUGGUUGUCAAGAUAUUGAUGAAUGUCUUGAUCCAACUAAGAACCAGUGCGAUGGAGUCAAUGGAACUUGCAUUAACGUUGUUGGGAAUUAUACUUGUUCAUGCCGAAAGGGUUAUGAUGGUGAUGGCAGGAAGAAUGGGCGAGGAUGCACCGCUAUUGCUAAUGAUAAUCCAUCACAUUUGGCGCAGAUACUUGUCGGUAUUCUUGGCGCGGGGAUAGUAGUGUUGCUAUUCAGCGCAGGCUUUCAGUAUCUGGUAAUUCAAAAAAGGAAACUCAUCAGGCUCAAAGAACAGUACUUCAAGCAAAACGGUGGCUUGCUCUUGCAGCAACAAUUACACAAAGGUGACUGAACCACCAAGACCAUGAAAAUCUUCACAGCCAAAGAGUUAGAGAAGGCCACGAACAAUUACAACGAGAGCGGAAUAGUCGGCCGAGGUGGAUACGGUACCGUUUACAAAGGUUUGUUGCCAAACGGCACGGUUGUCGCGAUAAAAAAGUCCAAACUCGUGGACAAGACCCAAAUCGAGCAGUUUGUCAAUGAAGUCAUAGUGCUUUCUCGGAUUAAUCACCGUAACGUGGUCAAGCUUUUGGGAUGUUGUUUGGAGACCGAAGUGCCUUUGUUAGUGUACGAGUUCGUGAACAAUGGAACUCUGUUCGACCACAUCCACAACCGCAACAAGUCCACCAAGAUGUCCUGGGAUGCCCGAUUGAGAAUUGCUUCGGAUACUGCCGGUGUACUUUCGUACUUGCACUCCAUGGCUUCCAUUCCCAUAAUCCAUCGCGACGUCAAGUCGGCAAACAUCCUACUGGACGACAAUUAUAUCGCGAAAGUUUCUGACUUUGGAGCUUCGAGAUUAGUCCCACUUGAUCAAGCCGAAUUGUCCACUCUAGUUCGGGGAACGUUGGGAUACUUGGACCCCGAAUACUUGCAUACAAACCAACUAACCGAAAAGAGUGAUGUUUACAGCUUCGGGGUUGUGCUAGCGGAGCCGAUAACUGGGAAGAAGGCACUUUCUUUCAACGGACUCGAGAAAGAGAGGAACCUGGCAAUGCAUUUUCUUUCGGCAUUAAAAAACAAUGGAUUGCUCCAAAUUGUCGAUGGAGUGAUUGCAAAUGAAGGGAACAACGAGCAAGUGAGGGAAGUUGCCAAUGUUGCAAAGAGAUGCUUGACAGUAAAAGGCGAGGAUAGGCCGACCAUGAAGGAAGUGGCGAUUGAGCUGGAGGGACUCAAAGAGAAAUCUAGUCAUCCUUGGAUGAGUAGCGUCGAUUUGCACAGAGAAGAGGCGCUUCAUCUGCUGGGAGAGACGACCGACCCCACUGUGUACAUAGAUGGUAUUGAGACCAUGAACACUGGGCCCUCGGAGAGCAUGAUAAACGAUGUCAUGACACCGGUUAACGGUGGCAGAUGUGGGGAGACGUGCGCUCGCGUUCGAGGUGUAGAGGAGGAGGACAGAGGUGUAGAGGAUGGAAGUGAGCUGACCAAAGGAGGAGAGCUUGAAAUUCUUAAGGUGCCGUGCUCGACUGCCUUCGUGAGGCUCCACGCGUUCCCUUUCUCCAGUGCCAAGAACAAGUUCACGGCCAUUGGGAGCAACACGUUCGGCCUGAUCGCGGGAGCCAACGGCCAGGGCUUCUCAAGCGGCUGCCUCUUGGUGUGCACCGGGAUGGAGGACAUGAAAGACGGGGCGUGCAAUUGGAUCGGGUGUUGCCAGACCUCGAUACCCGACAUGCUCCUCAAAUCCAACGCCAGCGUGGGCAGCUGGAACAACCACACGAACGUGUGGAGUUUCAAUCCCAGCAGUUACGCGUUCAUAGUCGAAGAGAAGUCCUUCACAUUCAGUACGGACGAUCAGAGUGGCAUGAGGAACAGGACGCUGGUCCCCUCGGUGCUCGACUGCGCUGUUUGGAACGAGACUUGAGCCCAGGCGGCCAAGGAUCCGGCGACCUUCGCCUGUAAGGCGCACAGCGAGUACUUUGAUUUUGCUGACGUGCUCGGCUACCGAUGCAAUUGCUCUUCUGGGUAUGAGGGGAAUCCAUACCUUGGUUGUGUAGAUAUUGAUGAAUGUGUGGAUCCAGCGAAGAACCUGUGUAAGGGAAUUGGCCAUAACGUUGAGGGGAGUUAUACAUGCUCAUGCCCAAAGGGUUAUCAUGGUGACGGCAAGAAGGGUGAAGAUGCACAAGGAUGCAUUGCUGAUCGUAAAUCAUCACAUUUGGUGGUGAUUUUGGUUGGUAAGUUCUUCCAUCUCUUCAGAAGAUUUUUGUGAUUAGUAUCGAUCUUAAUGUGGUUUCGAGAAAAUAAUAUUCAUUCAUUGAGCUCGCUAUAGGAAAUAUUUGCUUUCUGAGUCCAGAAAAAUGGUGGCUUGCUUUUGCAGCAACAAUUGCAUGAACCUGACAGAACCACAAACGCCAUGAAGGUCUUCAGUGCUGAAGAGCUAGAGAAGGCCACCGAGCAUUAUGACCAGAGCAGAACAGUUGGCCGAGGAGGAUUCGGCACCGUUUGCAAAGGGACCUUGCCAAAUAACAUGAUAGUUGCGAUUAAGAAGUCCAAGCUUGUGGAUGGGAGCCAAAUCGAGCUGGUCGUUAACGAAUUCAUAGUGCUUUCUCAGAUUAAUCAUCGAAAUGUGGUCAAGCCAUUGGGGUGUUGUUUGGAAACAGAAGUGCCUCUGCUAGUGUUUGAGUUCGUGAACAGUGGGACUCUCUUUGAUCACUUCCACAGCCCAAGCAAGUCCUCCAAGGUGUCCUUGAGAAUUGCCUCGGAAAGUGCAGGAGUCCUAUCCUUCUUGCACUCCGCAUCUUCCCUUCUAAUCCAUCGGGACAUCAAGUCGACCAACAUCCUCAUGGAUGCUAAUUACACUGCCAAAGUCACCGACUUCGGAGCUUCACAAUUAGUCCCGCUCGAUCAAGACGAAUUGUCUACUAUGGUUCAGGAAACAUUAGGAUACUUAGACCUUGAAUACAUGCAUACUAGCCAGUUGAUGGAAAAAAACAAUGUUUAUAGCUUUGGGGUUGUGCUAGUCGAGCUGUUGACAGGGAAGAAGGCGUUCUCCUUCGAUUGACCUGAAGAAGAGAGGUGCUUGGCCAUGUACUUUCUUUCGGCCUUGAAAGAGGACCGGCUGUUUCAGAUUGUUGAGGAGCUCAUUGCAAACGAAGACAAUGAGCAAGUGAAGAAAGUUGCCAAUCUUGCAAAUAGGUGCUUGAGAUUAAAAGGCGAGGAGAGGCCAACCGUGAAGGAAGUGGCAAUUGAAUUGGAUGCAAUUAGGGCAAUGCUAACGAUCCAUGGGUUUAUUGAGUUGAAUCCAGAAGAAACGGUUCAUUUGCUCGGAGCGAUGACCGACUCCAUUGUUUAUGCGAAUAGUCCUGGGACAACGAACACAGGGUAUACUGAUAGUACGAAAAACCAUGUCAUACCCCCACUUAGUAGUGGCAGAUGA